AUGCAAGGUUUCAUAUUAGUCUUAUACCUGCUAGGUGAAAUUUUAAUGAAAUUGGAUGUUGCUCUUGAAAAUUCACCAAUAAUUAAAGCAAUAGAAUCAUCUAGUGAAGCUACAACAGUACUACUGACAGUGGAUUUCACUCUUCAAACUUUACAAUAUUUUCAAGGAUUAUUUCACAAUAAAGAAAAUGUUCAACAUAUUAUUCCUCAAAGAAAUCGAUUUGGAAUAGUGUUUUUAACGGCUAAAACUGCAAUUAAUAUUGCAUUAGAAACUAAGAGCGAUAAUGAAUUGGUGAAAUUACUGAAGAAUUUUAUUUUAGCUAAACAAAGAAGUUGGAAUGGUGGUGAUUCAGAAAAUAAUGUUAAUAUAGAAAAUUCUGAGCAUAACGAAAAUGAUAAUGUUAUUCCUUUACAACAGCAGUUAAUUGAUCAGAUAACAGAUCUUCAUGUUACUAGAAUUCAAGGAGCUCCUUGUAAAAAAAAAAUAAAGAGCGCUAUUGAAAUGUUAGGAAAAAAUAGGGCAAUACGUGAAAUUACAAGUCAAGUUAAUGUACAAGAGACUGAUGAUGGAGGUGCAAUAUCGAGAUCAUAACAAAAAUGUUUAUUAUGCGGAAAACCAGGUCAUUAUCAGAAAAAAUGUCCUGGUAAAAGUAGUAUCAGAGAAGAAAACUAAUGUUUAAAACUUUUAGUAUUAUGUAUAUACAAUUUAUAUAUUGUUAUGUAUGCAAAAUAUGAUACUAGCUAGUUAUGUU